UUACCUUAAUAUAUGGCGGAAAAAUAGGAAAGAGGAAGAGGCACAUGAACCCUAAACAUUUCGCCACGACCAACCCUCAGACAGAUUCUCUUCCAAACCUCGUAGAGCAGGCUCUAGCAGGAAAGGGCAUGACCCGGGCUUGCUCGUUUUUGGGGUUUAAGGCUUUAAGGUUUGGAUCCCCGGCAGUGCGACAUUCCGUGAACUAUUCCUCACAACCCCUCAAGUACUCAAACUCGUCUGUCCGGAUGGAGAAUUGCAACUCUUCUGGUCUCAGAUGUGGGAGUAGUGAGCCAAGAGGCGCCUUGAUUGUUCUAGAAGGACUAGAUCGUAGUGGCAAGUCGACACAAUGUACUAAAGUUGUCUCUUUCUUGGAGGGUUUGGGACAUUCGGCUCAGUUAUGGAGAUUUCCGGAUAGAACCACGAGUGUUGGUCAGAUGAUAUCCGCAUAUCUCUCGAAUGAAUCACAGUUGGAUGAUCGCACAAUCCAUCUUCUAUUCAGUGCCAAUCGAUGGGAGAAAAGGUCAUUGAUGGAAGAAAAACUAAAAACUGGCACGACCCUUAUUGUUGAUCGCUACUCUUAUUCUGGUGUGGCUUUCUCUUCUGCUAAAGGACUCGAUGUUAAUUGGUGCAAGUCACCGGAGAUUGGGUUACUGGCUCCAGAUGUGGUACUUUAUCUUGACAUUUCACCUGAGAAAGCUGCUGAAAGAGGUGGCUAUGGAGGUGAGAGGUACGAGCAGCUAGAAUUUCAGAGAAAAGUUGCAGACGUCUACCGAACUCUCCGCGAUUCAUCGUGGAAGAUAAUAGAUGCAAGCCAGAGCAUGGAGGACGUGGAGAAGCAGCUCCAGGAAGCUGUGUUAGACGAAGUUAAAGAGUGUAAAACAGGAAAGCCCCUUUCUCCCCUCUGGUCAGCCUGAAGCUCCCUCUCGGCGUUUUCAACUCACGAUUUGCAUUCAUUAUAGUUUUUUUUUUUCAAGUUAAGUGGAAAAAGCCCAAUUUUCACUCGUUGGCCCAAGCCCAAUAUUCACACAAGGUCAGGCCCAUUAUAUACUUUUAAGCCCAAUUAUUAAAACGGCACGAAGUCCAUUUGAAGCCAACACCUUGUUUA